AUGAAUUAGACCAACAUAACAGAUAACUCUCAUAUCUCUCAUUGCCAAUUAAUGAUUUAAGAGGAGUCUUUGCCUGGUUGCAAUAAUUCAAAUCUCUAUCAUUCGAUCGAUAUUUAAAAUCAAACAGCUCAAUAAAUAUAAUACCAAGAAUGUCAAAGAAUAGAGGACAUCCCAGGUCAGAAAGAAAACUUAAUCUAAUCUGAAGUAAAAAAAAAACAAUUUUCUCAAUUAAUGGUUCAAUUCAAUAUCCAUCAUUUCAAAAGGAAGAUGCUGUCCUAUAUUCAUCCUUAUAAGGAAUUAUCAAAAGGCUAGUUUAGCAUGAUCUCUGAUAAGUCUUCAUCGUUCAAAAGCUAUCCAAAAAAAUAACAAUAAAAAACAUCGUUACUCCAAUAUAAUAAGGCAGUGUUAGGAUUUCGUAACAUAAUCAAAGAUUUUAAUAAUACUUUAGUAGCUUAAACCAAGAAAAAAGUGUCAUAAUUGAUAGGCAUAAUCCCUAUCAUUAAUCCGUACUCAACAACAAAAUUGUUUUGGGAUGGAAUAAUCACCAUAAUGAGAAUAUACUUAUUGAUUUGGAUUCCUAUUUUGAUUGCAUUUAAAAAUGGAACUUUGGAGGAUUUGAACGCAUAUACUCUUAAUGUGUGCAGUAGCGCUUUUUUAAUUGAUUUGGCAAUGCAGACUUUUACAAUAAGAUUUGAUAAGGGAUUUCCUGUAAAAGAUCGUUAUCAAUUGAUACAAUAUUAAAUAAACUGGUGGACCGCAAUAGAGUUAUUUAGCUUUAUUAUAUCUUUGUACUUCAGCAUCCAAUUUCAUUAGAACAACUUUUCAAUGUCAGUAGUAGAGGAUAAAGGGUGGACCAAAACACUGCUGUUGCUGUUAAUCGUCCAGACCAAAAAUAUUCUUUAGUUUAUUGAGAAUUUAUAAUGUGUAAUAAAGCCGAGUAAGUCAACUAAUUCAUUAAUCGAAUUAGUGAAAUUGAUUUGUUUAAUCUUAUUAAUCUAGCAUAUUUUUUCGUGCAUAUGGGUUAUCAUUGGCACCUACGAGCAUUUGAAAUCUCAAACCUCUUGGCUUGAUUUGGUGCACUUGGAUAUAGAUUAGCCUUGGCAUAACAUUUAUUUAGAGGCCAUGUAUUUCAUAAGUGUGACUACAUUUACAGUUGGAUAUGGAGAUAUAACCCCACAGAAUACAUCAGAAAAGUGUUUUACCAUUGUCUACAUGUUUUUCUGUACAUUGUAGCUCUCUUAUUCUGUAAAUACGAUAGGAUCUAUUUUGAUCCAAUUGAAGGAAAACAAUGAGGAAAUUAAAUAGAAAAUGACAGCUGUUACCGAACAUAUGACAAAUAGACAAAUGAGUCGUGGAUUGUAGUUUAAAGUUAGAGAGUAUUUAACUUAUUAUUGGCAACAAGAGAACGUUUAAAAGAAAAAUGAGACUGCCGAAAUAAUACGAUUACUUCCAGAAGAACUUUAAAAGAGCAUACAGAGAGAAGGAAGUUCCAAUUUAAUCAAUAAGUGUUCAUUUUUCAAAGAGAAAUUUACUCCUGGGUUUCUAAAUUAAUUAGUGGAAAUAGCUUAUGUGUAGAACUUUUAGCCAGGAAUAAUAAUCAAUGAUCUGCAAAAUAUAUACAUAAUUGAAUAUGGAUUUGUCGAAAUCUUGCAAAAUUAAACUGUUGUUGGUUAAUUAAGUUAAUUUUAGUAGUUUGGCUUAAAAAAAGUGUCUAUGGAUUUGAUAAAUGAAACAAAAUAUCGUACAAAAUCAUUUACAAAUCUUCUUAUUAUUCCAUAUGCAUCCUUAGUCUAAUUAGUGGCAUAAAAUUAGAAUGAAUUGGAAAUUGUAUCAUAGGCUAGUUUCAGUGUUAAAAAUGAAUGUGUUAUAUGCAAAGGUUCACAUGUAACAGAAUUGUGUCCCCAAGUGCAUUUUAUCCCAGACAAAGAAAAAGUAAUUAAAAAAUAUUUGUACAAUUCUAUACAGACUAGAGGAAGGAUAAAGAGAAAACCUAAAGAUUAGUUUUAAGAAUGGAAAAACGAAUUGAAGUUUUUUUAAGAUACGGCUGAAUAGUUCUAAUAAGAUUCCAGCAAUGAAAUCGAACUCCUAUUCCCCAAUAAUGAAAAGUAAUAACAAAUGAACGCUUGUACAUAGAAUUCCCUACUUGAAAUAAAUGAUGAGAAGCCUAAGUCAAUUAUAAUUAAUUUGCCUAUAGGACAAAGGGGGGACUUGGAUAUGAAGAUUGAUAAUAAGGAUCCCUUAAAAAGUGAUAGAAAAUCAGAAUUAAAAAAUGAUAUCAGUGAACUAUGUUUGAAUCAGCAAUUUGAAGCUAUCUCUUAGAAAUUCAAAUAAAUUCAAAUCUACAAUGAAAAGAUAUAAAAGGACAUUUUUUUACUGUAUAAAUAAUUAGAAUGCCUUUUGGGAUAGAAUGGAUAUGAAAUUGAUAAAUAUAAGAGUUAUAAACAUUAUUAUAAGAGUUGGAAUAUCGAAAGAAUCAUAGUGGAACAUAAUUUUGCAUCCAAUUAUAUAAAUCAUCGAAGAAGCGAGAAGGUAGGUCUUGAGUAGAUAUCAAAAUAUCUAUUGUUCCCGAAGAUGUAUUUACAAAAGUAUCGAACUGAGAAACCUCCUGAGGUUUAGUAAUAGCAGCAGCCCUAAGUGAAUAAGAGCAUCAGAACUUCCAAGAAAAAGAAGCGUAUUGCCAUCCAUCCAGAUUUUUGA